GAUGAGCUUCUGCAAAGACUGUGUUCGAGGCGUCCGCUGGGAGGGUACACCCACCGGCAGGAUCGAGACGAUCAACGGCGUCGACGUCUACGUCGCAACGCCCGAACAAGACUAUCCGAAGGACAAGGUCCUGCUCUUCCUCACGGACCUCUUCGGUAUACCGCUAGUCAAUAAUCAACUUCUCGCCGACGACUUCGCGGCCAACGGCUUCAAGACCGUCAUACCGGACUAUCUGAACGGCGAUCCUAUGCCCGCGGAGGAGCUCUCGCCGGGGGCUACGCGCGACGUGGCGAAGUGGGCCGCCAACCAUGGCGCCGAGCAGACUCGCCCGCCCCUCGACAAGGUCAUCGCCGGGCUCAAGGAGCAGGGUGUGACGACCUUUGGCGCCGUUGGCUACUGCUUCGGAGGCCGCUACGUCUUCGAUCUCGCCUUCGACGGCGUCAUCAAUUGCGCCGCCGCCGUUCACCCCUCGCGUCUUGAGGUCCCCGCCGACAUCGAGCGGUACGCGCGGACGGACGUGCCGCUGCUGAUCGAAGGCUGCGAGAUCGACCGCUCGUUCCCGCCGGACGCGCAGGCGAGGACGGACGAGAUCCUCGGGGGUGGAAGGUUUGCGCCGGGGUACAAGCGCGACUACUGGCCGGGUUGUAAGCAUGGCUUUGCGGUGCGUGGCGACCCGAGCGAUCCGGCGGUGAAGGCGGGCAAGGAGGGCGCGUUCAGGAAUGUUGUCGAGUGGAUGGCGAUGCAUCUGUGAUUUCGGUAAUGUGAUGAAUCAGAGUGCCUUCCGUGGGUUGUAGCGGGCGUUGUGCGCUCAAGGCCGUUGACGCAGUCAAGAGGCGGUCCCUUCAGUGGUGUGCGGCAUGGACAGCUGGACAUUCAGGUCAUAGGCGCUUCUUCAGAUGGGUGGCGAGCGACGUCACUAUUUUCAGCGCGAAGUCCUUGCCACCCGUCCUUUCCACCCUCCAUCGUCAUCACAAGGCAUCGCUGUGGUCGCUACCCGCAUUCCCCGCUCGACUCGGG